AUGACCGUUGUGACUUUAACACUGAAACAAGCACUAGAUGAGUUCGACUGGCACUCUUGUUACCAUGAGAACAUCAAUAUACACACAAACAAUGUAACAGAAAAUAUUUUAGAAAUCAGCAGCAAAUGUAUCCCUAAUAAAAUUGUCAGAAUACGCCGUAACGAUGAACCAUGGAUGAAUACAUCAGUCCGUAAAGCUAUUAGAAAUCGUAAAUGUGCAUACAGAAAGACCAAACGAACUAACAGCGAAACCUCUUGGGCAAAACUUAGGAAACUUCGUAAUGACACCGUCAUAUUACUACGACGCUGUAAACUUGAUUACUAUGAACAGAUGGCAAAUAAACUUAAAUCCGAACCUCUCUCACAUAACCAAACUUUACUGAAUGAUAGAGGUAAGGAAGUCCCACAAGCAACUCCUCCAACUGACACAAAUCUCCUAACAUCUCUGGUUCUUAGUCCGCAACAAAUAGAAGACGCAUUAAAUAAUCUUUCUACAGGAAAAGCAUCAGGCCCAGAUGGAAUAAACAACCGUAUUAUCAAAGAAUCAUCAGCUGAAUUAUCAAUCCCUCUCCGUUCUCUCUUUAAUCACUCUCUUCGUUCAUGUGUAGUUCCUGAAACUUGGAAAGACGCAAAUAUCCACGGUGCUGUCGGUAGAAAAGUGUUAAACUUGUACAGCCUUAUAAACAGUGAUUAUGUACAACCCGGAUGGGCAAGGUUGAUCAAGUACAACAGUAGCAUGGAUGAUUCUAAUAGAUCGACAGAUUUACCAGCGUCUGAAACUGAACAUAAUGAAAGAAGUCGACAAAAUGGCGGUACUAUUAAAGAAGAUACGGGCUAUUUUUGUCUCUCCGAGCGUCUGUCUGACGUCUGGUUCUCUUCUAAAAAAAGCUCUGUAAAAAUCCCCGCCCACAAGAUGUUGUUGAGCAUGCGCAGUGAAGUAUUUGAAGCGAUGUUUUAUGGACCAAUGGCUGAGAGUUGUGACACGGUUAUUAUAGAAGAUAUUGAAAUGGCUACAAUGAAAUUACUUCUAAGGUACAUCUAUACUGAUGAUGUCACUCUAGAUGGUAAACAUGUCAUGGAAUGUUUGUAUGCUGCUAAGAAAUAUGCGUUACAUGGUUUAGUUAAUAAAUGUUUACAGUUUCUAGAGGAUGCUAUUAAUGUAGAGUCUUCGUGUGCCAUCCUUGAGCAGACGAAAUUUUAUGGUGAAACACGCCUUCAGGAAAAAUGUUUCGACUAUAUUGUUGAAAAUUCUAACGGUGUAUUUAGGACAGAUGGUUUCCGCACACUUUCUUCUGAUAGUCUUUAUCAAAUUAUAGAAUGCAAUCAUCUAGCUAGCGAUGAAUCUGUCAUUUUCACGGCGGCAAAAAUUUGGGCCGAACAUCAGUGUAAGACGAAAAACCUAGAGGUGACCCCAGUUAAUGUCAGGUCAUGUCUAGGUGAUAUCAUAUAUUUGAUCAGGUUUCCCGUAAUGUCUAUAGAAACAUUUGCACAACAAGUGGCUACAACAGAAAUUCUAACGAGUGAAGAAAUGUUAAAACUGUAUCACCACCUUGCGACGAAAUCUUCGUCCUUGGAAAAAGCAGAUAUGAUCGGCAAGUUUUCAUGUAGAAGGAGAACUGUAGUAUUACAUAUAGAUGACACCGUUAUAACACAAUCUUAUGAAGGAUGUGUGGUUCUCCUUAACACAUCCGGUCCUGUAAAACUAGUAUCAAUAAAAGGUGACUUCGCAUCACAAGUUUGUAAAAUAAACGCAUCUAAUGCAGGGCGACAAGACAUCGCCUUCUGUGUGAACAAAGAUGAACUUACUUUUAAGGAACCGUUGUUAGUGCGACCACAUUCAGGAAAUGUUCAGAUUGUUUUAAAUUUAAAUCAAGAACUGACUUCUUAUAUUUGGUCCUCUAAUGUGAAUUUGUCUCGCACCGUAAAGAACACAACCAUUAAUGUAAGAAGAGUUCCGCGCGGUUUACAUUAUCUCGUGUUUGAGGAAGUAUCAUAAUAAUAUAUGUACGUGAUAUUUUCAAAUAUUUUUAUCAUACAAGUAUAUGAUAAAGUUCAUUUAAAGUACUAGACAACAGUAAAUGUAAGAUAAGAUGUUAAGCAUGAAUGUGUACACAUUAAAUUAUGACUACUUGCA